AUGUCACAUGGACUUGAGUGGGACGAGGAUUCGUCAGACGAAUUUCUCGGUCCAAAGAUCUCGGGCCUGAUGCCGCCACAUUCCCCAGAGCCAGUAAACCUGGCUCUGACAGUGUUCAACCCCGUUGAUCCGGAGCGGGAUGCGUCGCAUUUGAGUCGGAUGCAUCAUCCAAUUUGCCAGAACAUAUUAGCUAUACUUCAAACUCAUCCGCUUUGCGAGUCGCGGCACCCGCUGCAGAUGUUUUUGUCGCACGUGGUGACUCAACACGUGGACUAUUCACAGCAGGCACUGCCUGUUGCUGAAUUGCAACAGCAGGCGGAGAAUCACCUGCUGCUAAGGCAAGAGAAGUAUACUCUUUGGCUGCACACAUGCUCGCAACUGCCUUCUUUGCUAAUUCGGUAG